UGCCCCCACGUCGGAUCAGAUCUGUCUUCUUCUCCCUUCUUUCAACAAAAAUCCACUUGCUUCCUUUUUACUUCGACGAAAACCUUUCUUAAACCCAAAAAUCUUCAAGAAAUCCUCAUCAACAAUGGCGUCCAAUAAGCUUCUUCACGUUUUCAUCGCUUUCGCGCUUCUUUUCUCAUCUUCAAAUGCGCAGGAAACUUCUUCACCCAGUCCUGCCCCAGUAACCGGUUCCGAUGAAUCACCGUCAAUUCCCUCGCCUUCACCUUCACCUUCACCUUCAAUCAACACGUCUCCACCUGCAGAUCUGCCUCCUACUCCCGCUUCCACGACGUCAUUGGACACUUCUCCGGCUCCGUCACAGGAAGAGGUUAGCGAUACCACCUCCGCUAAUGUAGAGAGCGAGAAACCGAAGAAUUCUUCGUCUGGAGGGAUGAGCGGCGGGAAGAAGGCAGGAAUUGCGAUCGGAGUGAUCGCCGCGGCUUGUGCUGUUGGAUUCGGAGGAAUGUUGUACAGGAAACGGAAACAGAAUAUACAGCGAGCGCAGUUAGGUUAUGCCGCCAGAGGGGAAUUCCUGUAGAGAUUUUUAUUGAAUUUGAAGACAUCAUCAUCAUUACAUUUUAGAUCUAGAUCUCUGCAAAUUGAAGGUAUGUUUUUCAUAUGGAUUGAAAAGAAAUAGCAUAGGGUAAAUUUUGAAUAUGACGCUCUGAUUCUUUAGUUGGGUUCUUUAUCAUCUAAUAAUAGUUUCUCUAAAAAAAUUUCCUACUUGUUUGCUUUUACAUGUCGACCUUAAUUGUUUAUAGGUAGUUUUGGAUCAGUAUGUUGUUAUUGGUAUCAACUGCUUUGAAUCGAAUCGAAUCGAUUGC